AUGGAUAUUUGGCUUCCCAUUUUGUCAACACGACUAGAAGCGUCGGAAUAUGAAUUCACAUCAGAUUUUAUCGGGGGAAAAAUUUUAACAUAUGUGAGUUAGUUUUGUUUUUCAUUCAUUUUCAAUUUUAAAAAUUCAGAAAGAUUAUUUUGACGAAGAAAGUUAUUCUGGUUGGUUGAUUCAUUUAUACUUCAAGCCUGUUGAAUUUGAAGAUCGGCCAUUUAUCGCAGAUGUUGUUAUUCGAUAUGGAAAUCGAAGAAGAGAGGUAUUUUGUUUUUGAAAAAAAGCUUUAAAAAACAACGUAUUACAUACAGAUCAUGUCAAAUCUUGUUAAAAACAAUACAUUUCUGGGACAUGUUCGAAGUAAAGAAAAGAAAGGAAGAUUAAUUGUUGCUGCUCGAAUGCGUAAAACUCUUUGUGAACUCGAUUUAUCACAACCAUCAAGUUCACGACAAUUUAUUAUUCAAAAUUUCGAUCAUCGAAUGAAUGACAGUGUUUUGUAUUAUGUUAAUAUUGCAAAGCUUGAUAUGAUUGGUGGCGCGUUAUUCAAAAAAUGGAAAGCUUCUUCAGAUUCAAAUCUUUUGACUGUUAUUGAGAAUUUUGAAAAUGAACAAUUACGAGUUUUAAUGGAAGCAACUGCGAAAUUCGAUGAUCUUGUUAUUAUCAGGUAAUUUUUAAAGUUUGAAAUGAACAUUUUUGUUAAAAACGUGAACUUAAAUGUGGAAAUUUGAACAUUUUUCGAAAAAUCAUUACAUUUUUGCAGACAUUCAAUUGAUCGAUUGAUUGCAAUAGCUCGAAGAUAUCGAAUGCAUAAAUUGAUGAGAGCAAUCGAAGAAUAUUUAUGUGAAACAAAAUUAUUGAAUUGGGAUCAGAAAAUCUUGAUGGCUCUCCAAUAUCGAAUGAGUCCUUUGUAUGUUCAGAUUCAGAGAAAAUAUUUGUUAUCACCUUGGACUAUUUUAUGCCGUGUUCAACGUUUGCUGAUUUCCAACCAAUACAAAACCGACAGCAGUGAUCCAUACGAAUUAUUGCAUAAACAUAUGCUUGAAUUGGUCAUGUUAAGUGGAGAUAAUAUUUGUGUUGGUUGA